UUUAUUUUUUUGAGAGAAAGAAAGAAGAUGAUCAUACAUUUUGCCCACUCUCUCAUUAUCAUUAUAUGUAUGUAUGUAUGUAUGUACGUGUGUGUGUAAAUCUAUAUAGUUGACCAGCAGCAACAGCAUUAGUUUCCAUCGGCAUCGGCAUUAUUAAUCAGGAGAGAGCAGAGGAGAGGACACGACAGCAGUGCAACAGUAGUAGUAGUGUGUGUGUUUGUGGUUGAUUAGAUAUGGAAGAUUGCUGCUGUGGCUGUGGCUGUGGCUGUCGUCAAACAGCAACAGUGCUGCUUCGAAUCCUCUUUUCAUUUGCAGCGACGCCUGCAGCACUUGCGCUAGUGCUCUUCCUCCACCUGCACCUGCACCUGCUCCUCAUGCUUCCGCCUGCGGCCUUUGCUGAUUCUUCAACUACAAAGACUUUUCGUUUCAAUAUCGAGCGGACCAACAUCACCCGCCUGUGCCACACGAAGGCGGUGGUGACGGUGAACGGGGAGUUCCCGGGCCCCACCAUCGCCGUCCGAGAGGGCGACGCUGUCCGGGUCGUCGUCACCAACACCCUCUCCACCAACACCACCAUCCACUGGCAUGGAGUGAGGCAAAUGAGGAGCGGGUGGGCGGACGGGCCGGCUUACAUAACACAGUGCCCCAUUGGCGCCGGCGAGACCUACACUUACACCUUCACCGUGGUCGGCCAGCGGGGCACCCUCUGGUGGCACGCCCACUACGCCUGGCACCGCGCCUCCGUCUACGGCGCCUUCCUCAUCCAACCCUCAUCUCCGGUCAUAUACAAGUACGACGUCGACGCCCCCCCGAUCAUCCUCGGCGAGUGGUGGAACGCCGACGUCGACCUCGUCGAAUCCCAAAUGAUGCUCUACGGCGGAGGCCCCAACACCUCCGACGCCUACACCAUCAACGGCCUCCCCGGCCCCCUCUACCCCUGCAGCACCAGCCCCGACCACACCUUCGUGCAAACCGUCCAGCCAGGCGGCAAAACCUAUCUCCUCAGGCUCAUCAACGCCGCCCUCAACGACGAGCUCUUCUUCGCCGUCGCCGACCACAACCUCACCGUCGUCGAGGUCGACGCCGCCUACACCAAGCCCUUCACCACCCCCGCCGUCAUGCUCGCCCCCGGCCAGACCACCAACGUCCUCCUCGUCACCGCCGCCGCCCGGUACUCAUCCACCUUCGUCAUCGCCGCCCGCCCCUACCUCACCGGCACCUCCCCCUUCGACAACUCCACUACCAUCGGCUUCCUAAAAUACCUAAACACCAAUGAUAAUGACGACGACGAUGAUCUUAUUCCUCCUCUUCCUCCUCCUCCUCAUAACAAUUAUGAUUAUUACACGCUGCCUCCCAACCUCCCCGCCCUCAAGGACACCCCAUUCGCCACCAGCUUCUCCGACAGCCUGAGGAGCCUGGGCUCCGCCGACAGCCCCUGCAGCGUGCCCAAGGAGAUCGACAGGCGCGUGGUGACCACCAUCGGCCUGAACCUUCAAGACUGCCCCGCCAACCACACCUGCCGGGGCCGCCUCGGCAAGCGCUUCCACGCCUCCAUGAACAACCAGUCCUUCCUCCGCCCCACAACCACCUCCAUCCUCAGCUCCCACUACUACAACAACCGCGGACUCAACCUCUCAUCCGAUUUCCCCGAAAACCCUCCCCACGUCUUCAACUACACGGGGGUGGACCCCAUGGCGGAGAAUAUGAACACCGCGUUCGGCGCCAGGCUCCUGAGAGUCGCUUUCGGGACGAGGCUCGAGGUGGUGCUGCAGGGCACCAACUUCCUGAAUUCGGAGAACCACCCCAUCCACUUCCACGGGCAUAACUUCUUCGUUGUGGGGACGGGGUUCGGGAACUAUGAUGUGAGGAGGGACCCGGGAAAUUACAACCUGGUGGACCCGCCGGAGAGGAACACGGUGGCUGUGCCGACGGGGGGGUGGGCGGCGAUCCGUCUGACGGCGGAUAAUCCGGGGGUGUGGUUCAUACACUGUCAUCUGGAGGCGCACACGUCGUGGGGGUUGGCUGUGGCAAUGAUAGUCGAGGAUGGGAAGGAGCCAUGGGAGCGCUUGCCGCCGCCGCCGAGUGACCUGCCUACCUGUUGACCUCGAGCCAUUAAUUACCAGUAGAUACAUAAAUAUAUUAAAAGAUACAUACAAACUGGCAUUGAUGAUGUACUCACUCUUGCAGGCGCUUUUCGUUUUAAAUUAGUUCUGCUCAUGUGUUGUGUUGUGCUGUGUUUCAACUUUGAAUGGGCCUUGCGGUUUGGCUGGACAUGUUUACGGACAUGAUAUCUUGUAGUGUACAGAGAUUUAUUUCUGCCUCUAUAUCCCACACCU